AUCUGAACGAAAUCCCAUGUUUAAUUACUUCCAAUCCAGCUUGCAGAGGAUGUGUUUGGAGGGGUGGCAAUGACAGCGCUGCUGAAUGAGCCUUUAACCUGGAGCUUAGAAAGUGCUGAAUCAGCAGCCAGUAAAAUAAUUGUGGUUAACUGUAGUCUGUCACAGUGCUCCCGCUGCACUGCUCUGGAGCUGGCAGGGCACGGUGAACGGCAGCUUCAGGACUCCCUGUGCUGCUGCUGACACAAACUGCCGGUGACAAGGAGACAAGGUGAAGUGUGCCAGGACGUGGGCAUCCGUGGGGCUGUGAGGCAGUCCUGGCACUUUGCAGCAUGAGUUUUGCUUCUGUUCCUUGGGGCAAAUUACCUGGGAAAGCCAAACCCAUCUUCACUGCAGGGCGGUGCAAAGCAGCUCUCGGUGCCCACCAGGAUGCAGCUGGAGAGGUUGUGACCAGCGUGGAGCCCAGGCCGAUGGGAGCAGUGAGCAGUGGUCUAUCAGCCGAGAUGUGCCUGCAGCCCUGCUGACCUGCCCGCUAACCCUGCCUCACCCAGCGCCAUGGGAGGAUGCUUCUCCAAACCCAAACCAGUUGAAGUAAAAAUUGAAGUUGUGAUACCUGAGAAGGAGAGAAGCAAGGAGGAGAUGUCACCCAAUGGGAAAGCCAGCCCCCUGAUCUACAAAGUCAAUGGGACUGCCCGGCAUUAUCAUCUCGAGGAGCAUCCCAUUGCCAGCAACCCCUACCACAACCCAAAGGACGUGGUGGAAGCAUCCGUGUGCCAUGUGAAGGACCUGGAGAAUGGACAGAUGCGGGAAGUGGACCUGGGCUGCGGGAAGGCUCUGCUCAUCAAGGAGAACGGCGAGUUCCACGCCGUGGGACACAAGUGUCCCCACUAUGGGGCUCCACUGGUCAAAGGGGUUUUGUCCAAAGGAAGAGUCCGCUGUCCCUGGCAUGGAGCUUGCUUCAACAUCAGCACCGGUGACAUAGAGGACUUCCCUGGCUUGGACAGCUUGCCCAGGUUCCAGGUGAAGAUUGAGAAGGAGAAGGUGUACAUCCGAGCAAGCAAGCAGGCUCUUCAGACACAGAGAAGGACAAAGGUGAUGGCAAAGUGCAUCUCCUUGAGCAACUACAACCUGAGCAGCACCAACGUGCUCAUCAUCGGUGCAGGGGCAGCUGGACUGCUCUGCGCAGAGACCUUGCGCCAGGAGGGGUUCUCAGACAGGAUUGUGAUGUGCACGAUGGACAGACACCUGCCCUACGACAGACCAAAGCUCAGUAAGUCAAUGGAUUCCCACCCGGAGCAGAUCGCCCUGCGCCCCAAGGAGUUCUUCCGCAGCUACGACAUUGAAGUCCUGACCGAGAUGCAGGUUGCGGCUGUGGAUGUCAAGAACAAGACAGCUGUGUUCAAGGAUGGAUUUAAGAUGGAAUACAACAAGCUGCUGAUAGCAACUGGAAACACGCCCAAAGCUCUCAGCUGCAAAGGCAAGGAGGUGGAAAAUGUUUUCAACAUCCGGACACCUGAAGAUGCCAGCCGUGUGGUGAAGCUGGCCACCAGCAAGAACGUGGUUAUUGUGGGAGCAUCCUUCCUGGGGAUGGAGGUGGCCGCCUACCUCACGGAGAGGGCCCACUCGGUGUCUGUGGUGGAGCUGGAGGAAGUGCCCUUCAAGAAGUCCUUUGGGGAGAGGGUUGGCCGCGCUGUCAUGAAGAUGUUUGAGAGCAACAGGGUGAAGUUCUACAUGCAGACAGAGGUGUCGGAGCUGCGGGAGCAGGACAGCAAGCUGAAGGAGGUGGUGCUGAAGAGCGGGAAGGUGCUGCGUGCCGACGUGUGUGUUGUUGGCAUUGGCGCAGUCCCAGCAACGGGCUUCCUCAAGCAAAGCGGCAUAAACAUUGACUCCAAAGGCUUCAUCGUGGUCAACAAGAUGAUGCAGACCAACAUCCCUGGAGUGUUUGCGGCCGGUGACGCCGUCACAUUCCCACUGUCCUUGAGGAAUAAUAAGAAGGUGAACGUCCCUCACUGGCAGAUGGCCCACAUGCACGGCCGUGUUGCUGCACUGAACAUGCUGGCCCACGGCGUGGAGCUCAGCACAGUCCCGUACCUGUGGACCGCGAUGUUCGGGAAGAGCAUCCGAUACGCGGGUCAUGGGGAAGGAUUCGAUGAUGUUGUCAUUCAGGGAGAUUUAGAUGAACUGAAGUUUGUGGCAUUUUAUACCAAGAGUGACGAGGUGGUGGCUGUGGCCAGCAUGAACUACGACCCCAUCGUGUCCAAGGUGGCCGAGGUGCUGGCUGCCGGCAGGACCAUCCGGAAGCGUGAUGUGGAGCUGUUUGUUCGUCAUGGCAAAACUGGAGACAUGUCCUGGCUGACAGGAAAAGGCUCCUAACGCCGCUGGUGGCUGUGCCCUCCUGGUGCUGUGCUCUCUGUGGGGACAUGGGCUGGGAGCUCCACACAGGAGCGGGAACACCGUGGCCGAGUCACUUCCCCUUCAGAUCCAGAUGAGCCUGGCCCCGGUGCUGCGCACUCACCACCCCCUGCCCCUCUGCCUU